AUGGAUGGCGGCAGGUGCACCAAAGACUAUCUGAAACAAUAUGCAGAAUCAACUUCAAUUAGUGAGAAUGGAUAUCCUGUCUACCGCCGACGCAAUGAUGGCCGGGUUUUCCGGUGUCGUAACCAGUCAUACACUAAUAUGGAUGUGGUCCUUUUCAAUCCACAUCUUACCAGGAUGUUUGACUGCCAUAUCAAUGUCGAGGUCUAUUCUACUGUCCGAGUUGUGAAGUACAUACACAAGUAUAUCUACAAGGUACAUGACUUGACCAUUAUGGUUGUUGGUGGUGGACCCAACAAGAUUCUUCAAUAUCUAAAUGCAAGGUAUAUAGGAGUACCUGAGGCAUCUUGGCGUUUACUUGGAAAUCGUUUACAAAAAGUGAAGCCCAAAGUACAGCGGCUAGCAGUACAUCUUCCGGGCAAGCAACGUGUUAUUUACGAUCCAGAUGAUACAGUCAAAGUAUUUUUAGGACAAGGAAGAAAAUGUAGUAACCACGUUGAUGGGGUAUUUUGA